AUGGCCUUACCGAGGGCCUGGUAUGUCCGAGGCGCUCAUAGAAGAAAAAAGGUUCAAAAGGGCAAGCUCAGCUCGAGAGCCGCUUGGGAGCUAUUCUGUGUGUAUUCAAAGGCAAUAACAAAUAUAUCUCGGACAGAUUCCGGCAACUCGUGGAGCAGACUGUUUGCCAUGCCCUACCAGGGAGAGUGUAAUUGCGGGGGCAUCAAGGUCUCCAUCGAAGAUGAAGCAGCCGCAGAGAACAAGCCUAUCUUCUGCCAUUGCCUGAGCUGCAGACGCCAAAGCGGCGCUCUGGGUACAUAUGUCCUAGUGCUCCCGGAGGGCGACGUUACUGUCACCGGACCUCUCAAGGCAUACUUGGACGACAAAACUGACUCUGGGACAUCGCUCCAUCGAUGGUUUUGUGAAGUCUGCGGGUGGUGAGUUUCAGUUCCUUACAUUUUUAUCUGUUUGUUCUUUCGACCAAACGGCAGUCAAGAUAGGGCUGAGUGAAUCUUGAACAGUCCUGUAAUGUCAACCUCGCCGCUAUUUGCGGGAAAGAAGAGUAAGGCCGCCCUGGCUAGAUUUCACCUUAAAUCAACUGCUGACCCUGGGUCUCAUUAGUUGUGAAACUUGGUCUGUUCGACAAGAUUGAGAAACCUGUUGUAGAGGUCUACUGCAGGAACCGCCAGGAAUGGGAACCGAAGCUUGAUGGGGUGGUCUCUAUCGAAGGUGCAUCAUGAUGAGCGGCAUAAGGGGAUUUGCCCAGCGGUAGUAGUGCCCCUGAAGACGAAAUUUUGAUGUAGGCACGAAGGCUUGCCAUACGCAUGCCUUUCUAGCCAAAGUAUUUUGUGCUAUGAACUAAGGACACAGAACAUGACGUCCACUGUAGUCGAUUCCGCUGCUUACGAGGAGACAAAGCCAAGGAACAUACCCCAUACUCUAUGCCCCAGGGAUGGUCUCGUCCUCGUGCGUGAUUUCGGCUGAUGUAGGGACCCUCGGGGCUGGCCAUUCAGGUGGUGGUCUGAUCAUACCCAUCACAUGACCUCCACA